ACACUUACGACAACAAGCGAACCUGAACUGCCUGCUUGUUCUGCACAAUCUACGGGCCUUCACAUUCAGUUCACAAUGAGUGCUUCCUCAGGAGCUCGCUGCCUUGACUGCCCUUCUUGGCACAAGCUCGCAGCAGCCUUGUUUAUGAUCGCCGCACUCAAUGCAGCUCCGGCUCUCACUGCUAGUAGGAACCCUGCGUGUCCCACUGCUUUCUGGAAUUUCGGAGACUCGCUGACGGACACGGGGGGCUCACUGAACGUCUUCCCUUGGUUCACGGACCCCGAACGCAGCCCCUAUGGAGAAUCGUUCUUCGGACGACCAGCUAAACGUUACUGCAACGGACGUGUUGUGCCUGACUUCUUCUCUCUGGCGUUCAAGUUCCCCCUCCUGCAACCGUACAUCCAAGCUGGUGCAUUCGAUUACAACUAUGGAGCGAACUUUGCUUCGGGCGGAACAACUGCUUCCAACGACACUUUUGUGAACCCGAUCUUCCUGAAGUUUCAAGUUACUGAAUAUGUCAGACUCAAGCAGAGUGCAAUUUCUGAGAAGGGUCAAUUGACGUGCCUGCCGUUCAAACAAUUUCUGCCUCUAGAUGAUUCCUAUGCAGAAGGAUUGUACAGCGUUGAAAUUGGAGGAAACGACAUUAUUAAUGCCAUCUUAUUCGAAAACAAGAGUGCAGUGCAAGUCCUAACUCAAGUGAUCCCUGCGGCCAUGAUUAACAUCCUCGACAGUAUCAAGAUCUUAACUUCAAAUGGUGCCAAAAAGUUCAUCAUCUUCAAUCUCCCGAAUGCAGGCUGCAGCACCAUAGUUAUCACUGUUCUGGGACCCAUACCCGGGGUACAAAAAGACGCUAUGGGCUGUGUUGUGCUUAUCAAUCAGCUGGAUCAAGCCUACAACAAAGCUCUUAAUGAUACAAUCACAACUGCUCGGCUUUUAUAUCCUGGCAGAACCUUCUCCAUCUUCAACUACUACGCUGCCAACUUGGAAAUUUUGACAAAUCCAUCUCUUUACGGAUUCAAUCCAGCUUUGACCAAGCGUGCCUGCUGCGGAGCGCCUGGAGUUGGGACCCUCAACUACAACCCUCUCAUUACUUGCGGUAAAGCAGGGUCCAACAAGUGUGCGAACCCGGACGAGUAUGUUAACUGGGAUGGUGUACAUUUUACCGAAGCCUUUUACAGGCAAAUCGCAUUAUGGGCCCUCGCUGGAAAAUUUACUGAUAACCCGGUCAACUACACCUCUCUUUGCAACUUAGAUUUCCAGAACUUUGCGAAGUCUGCCACAUACAACUCCGUGUAUCCUCAGAGUUGCAGGGUCACUUUCACGUCAUGAAUUCUGUCGCUUUCAUACAUCUAGAUUUAAGCGCAGACAACCAGAAACCUAGAUCUCAGAAGAGGUAAUAAGGGAUAUCAGGCCGUGCGAGAACGCUUCAUGAACUGAAGCUCCGUACACUGUGAACCUGAUAAAUAUCCGAGUAUUCCUUGUCCUUCUCUUCGUGCAUGUUGAGACUCUCUUGCAUGGCGCCUAAUAAAGUGAAAUAAGUUGA